GACGGUUCGACGCCCUUCUUCUUCAUGGAUGCGCAAGAAGAGCGCGAAUCCCCCGGCACAGUGUUCCUCUUCGGUCGUGUGCCGGUGUCGAGCGAUCCGCAGUCGGAGACCAUCAGUGCGUGUGCGGUGGUGCAGAACAUGCAAAGAUGCAUGUACAUCGUUCCGACCGCGUCUACGUUCGCUGAUCCUGAUGGAGAAAUUGCGGCUCAAAAGGCGAAAUCUGAUCUCAUGAAAAAACUCGUGCCUUUGUCCGGUGACCUUCGCGCCGAAGUCAAAGAAGUCUUGAAGGCGCGAAAGAUUGAGAACUCGAAGAUCACCAUCGUCCGCCGACGCUAUUGCUUUGAGCGCAAGGACAUUCCGCAAGGUCCGUUGUUCGUGCUCAAAGUGAAGAUCCCGGCGACUUACGCAGCGUUUCCGAGCGAUAUCAAGGGUAAGCACUUCGUCGCCGCUUUGGGCACGCAGGCUCCCAUGUUGGAACUUCUCACGCUCAAGUCUAAGCUCAAGGGCCCGAGUUGGAUCGCGCUUCACGGCGCCGCCAUCGUUCCGACGGAGAAGCAAAAGUCUUGGUGCAAACUCGAGCUCACACUGCCGAACGCACACAAGAGUGUGCGCCCUUGUCUCGAAGCCAUCGCAUCGCGCCCAGCGCCGCGUCUCACCGUUGCUUCGUUGAACCUGCAGACGAUCGUCAAUCAGCAAACCAACGUGAACGAAAUCGCAGUCGCCUCGGUGCAGUACAUUCGCGACGUAAACUGCGAAGGAUCCACAACGGCGGCGCAACUGAAGACCGGUUUACGUCAUUUUACCGUCGUGCGCAAGCUCGAUGGACUGGAGAUGCCUCCGGGAUGGCAAAAUGCAGUCGCGCACGAGAACAACACCAAUGUCAUCGCCAAGCGUACAGGCUCCGUCGUCCUCGCCGCGCAGAACAACGAACUCGGUUUGCUCAACUUUCUUUUGGCAAAGUUGCACCAACUCGACCCGGAUGUCAUCGUCGGUCACAACAUCGGCGGUUUCAAUCUCGAAGUGUUGCUUCGCCGAUUUCAGGCGAACAAGAUUGGCCAUUGGAGCCGCAUCGGUCGCAUGAAACGUACGCGCAUGCCAAACAUCAACGGCUCUGGAGGUGCUUACGGAGGAGGUGCGUCCAUGGGCGCGUUGCAGUGUCUCGCUGGAAGACUUUUAGCGGAUACGUACUUGAGUGCGAAAGAUUUGUUGGGCAAGGAGGUGUCUUACACGCUUACGUCGCUCUCUGAAACGCAACUUGGCGUACGACGAGAAGAAGUGCCGAGCGCCGAAAUCCCCAACCGUUAUCAAGACACGAACGCUCUCAUGCAUUUGAUCAAGUGCACGGAAAUCGACGCAAAGUUGAGUUUGCAUCUGAUGUUUAAGAUGGAAGUCGUCCCGUUGACGAAGCAGCUGUCGAACAUCGCCGGUAACCUUUGGAGUAAGACGCUCGGGCACACGCGCGCUCAGCGCGUCGAGUACCUCUUGCUUCACGAAUUCCACAGUCGCAAGCACAUCGUCCCCGAUCGUUUAAGUGCCAAGGAACGUCGCCGCGUCGCCGCGGCGAGCGGUGAAGAAGAGGAUGAUGGCGGUAAGAAGGGUCCGUCUUACGCGGGUGGCCGGGUGCUUGAGCCGAAGAAGGGCCUGUACGACACCUUUGUCCUCGUCCUCGAUUACCAGUCGUUGUACCCGUCGAUUAUUCAAGAGUACAACAUUUGCUACACCACGGUGCGGCGACAUUUCGACGCGGGCGAAGAAAACACCGAAAUUGAACUACCCGCGCCGAUCUUAAGCGACAAGGACUUCGCCGUCCUGCCGAAAGUCAUCGCGAACAUUGUGCAAAGCCGUAGAGAAGUGAAAGGAUUGAUGGCUCGCGAAAAAGAUCCGGCGCGCGCAAAGCAGUAUGAUCUUCGCCAGCUGGCUCUCAAGCUCACCGCAAACUCCAUGUACGGUUGCUUGGGUUUUAGUCAGUCGCGCUUUUUUGCCGAGCCCAUUGCGGCGUUGAUCACGGCGCAAGGUCGUAAGAUUCUUCAGCGCACGGAGGAUCUCGCGAAAGCGAAGUGCGAGCUGGACGUCAUUUACGGCGAUACGGAUUCCAUUAUGGUGAACACCAAGUCUCACGAUUUGAAUCAUUCUAGGGCGCUCGGAAACAAACUCAUUCGUUUCGUCAACAAAGAAUAUCGGAAAUUGGUUUUGGAGGAAGAUUACAUCUUCCGAUCGAUGUUGCUGUUGAAGAAGAAGAAGUACGCCGCCAUGAAGGUUGUCAACGGACCGAAUGGAACCAAGGCGACGAAGCUCGAGAUGAAGGGUCUCGAUAUCGUUCGUCGUGAUUGGGCGCCGCUGGUGAAGGACGUUGGUAAACAAACUCUCGAAGAACUUCUUGAUGUGGAUGGUGAACGCGAAGAGCGCGUGAACGCGAUUCACGACGGUUUACGUACGAUCCGAAAGGACAUGGUUGAAAACCGCGUGCAGUUGUCCAAGUACAUCAUCACGAAGCAACUCACGAAGGCGGUUGAAGAGUACCCCGACGCAAAGCAUCAGCCGCACGUCAUGGUAGCCAAACGUCGAUUGGAGGCUGGUAAACAAGAUGGCGUCAAGGCGGGAGAGACUGUGCCGUACAUCAUCGCGCUGGAAAGCGAGCUGCCGCUCGAGGACAUCGCCGCGGGAAAAGCCGGCGCCUCUGGUGGAAAGGGCUUGGCCGAGCGGGCCUAUCAUCCCGACGAAAUCCUCGAGAAGGGUUUGAAGGUUGAUUUGCACUACUACUUGUCUCAGCAAGUCCAUCCCGUGAUAACUCGUUUGUGCGCCCCGAUUGAGGAAACCGACGGCGCCGCGAUGGCGGAAUGCCUCGGGUUGGACUCGAACAAGUUUAAAACGCAAACACGCGAUGAGGACGAGUACGACGACACGUUUGGCGGUGGUAGAUUCGCGUUGGAUGACGAAGAGCGCUUUGCCAAGUGUAAGCCUCUGAAGCUU